AUGGUUCUAGCAAACCCCAUAGCUCUAGAUUACAAAGAUAUCCCUUGUAAUCUUCCAAACCUCUUAUCCUCCACUCUCUCUCAAUCUCCAUCUAGAAGAAAAAACAAGCAUUUCCAUUUCUACACUCCUUUACUCUCUCCCUUUCCUAGCCAUGUAAUUUAUUUUCCCCUCCAAACAAUGCAAGACACCCUUAAUCUCACCACAACCUCCACCUCCACCUCCACCACCACCACAAAACCACUUAAUCCUCCCUCAAAAUUCAAUUUCCCACCAAAACCCCACAAAUUUCCACCCCUCAAAACCUUCAAAUUCCCAACCUUUUCCUCCAAAACCACCAUUAUUCACCCUCUAAAACCUUCCAAGAUCCAACCUUUACCCAAAACCCACCCCAAAAAACUCAUCCCUUCUUCACCUCACCCUGAAUUCCAAGAAAAAACCCUCUUUUUAGACUCUCUUGGAUUGGAUUCUCUCUCUACAUUCCCCCAUUCCUCCAUUGUUGCAUCUCCUCCUCUUUCAGACCUCAAAUGCUUCUUUGAUUACCUCAUUUCCCUUGGCUUUACACCUCCUCAACUCCGCCGUAUUCUCUCAAUGUGCCCUUCAAUCCUUUCUCUACAUUUCCAUCAAGCUGCCUCAGUUUUUGCUUUCCUUUUAAGGGAAGUUAAAGUACCCGCCCCAAAUCUCCCUAAAGUCAUCUGCAAUCGCCCACAUAUCCUUGUUUCCGACGUCGACACUCGGCUUAGACCCACCUUAUAUUUCCUUCAAAGCAUUGGAAUUCAUGAGGUAAAUAAGCAUACUAAUCUUCUUUCAGCUUCAGUUGAGGACAAAUUCAUGCCUAAAAUUGAUUACUUUGAGAAAGUGGGUUUUGCAUACCAUGAUUCUAUUUCUAUGUUUAGGAGGUUUCCUCCUUUGUUUUGUUAUAGUGUGAAGGAUAAUUUUGAGCCUAAAUAUACUUACUUUGUGGUGGAAAUGGGGAGAGAUUUGAAGGAAUUGAAGGAAUUUCCUCAAUAUUUUUCUUUUAGUUUAGAAAAGAGGAUAAAACCUAGGCAUCAAAUUUGUGUAGAAAGUGGGGUUUGUUUUCCUCUUCCUUUAAUGUUGAAGAUGAAGGAAUAUGAAUUUAGAAAGAGAUUGGAUGUUUGUUGUAAUUCUUCUAUGCCUAAGAGCAAUUCCCCUUUGUGGGUUUCUAAGAUUUGUGAAUUGUAA